UCCCGCGCGAUCUUGUGGGCCGUGGGGCAGUCACCAAGUUUUAAAUGCCUUGGAGGUAGGGCGGGGAAACUGCAAAGCUCUGCUCAAUCCUCGCUACCCUCCCGGAAAAGAGAAGACUACAAGGAGUCGGGAGAGUUUCUCGGAACACCGCCGAAAUUUCAGUUUCAUUCUCCUUCAGUUUGUCUUUUUGAAGUCACUUCCGCCUUGGGGCGGACACUAGCUAAAACCUGUGGCGGGAGUUGGAGAUUCUGCAGCGAGUGCACCAGGUGUGGCGGUCUGACGAAUGGCGUGGCGGGCUAGUCGAAUCAUCAUGCCUGAUGUUCAUACCAUAAAAAAGUCUCAUAUACCACAGAGUUCUUUGACAAGUGACUCUCAUAGACAGCUGGAGUUUUUACCUGACAAACUAAGAGCAAAACUACUUCCUUUCCAGAAAGAUGGCAUCACUUUCGCCCUUGAAAGAAAUGGCAGGUGUAUGGUGGCUGAUGAAAUGGGUCUAGGAAAGACAAUCCAGGCAAUUGCCAUCACUUACUUUUAUAAGGAGGAGUGGCCUCUUCUGAUAGUGGUCCCGUCAUCUCUGAGGUACCCUUGGACAGAAGAAAUAGAGAAAUGGAUUCCAGAACUAGGACCAGAAGAAAUUAAUGUUAUUCAGAAUAAAAAUGAUGUUUGGAGAAUAUCAAUCAGCAAAGUGACAGUUCUGGGCUAUGGUCUUUUAACCACAGAUGCAGAGACUUUGAUAGAUGUACUAAAUAACCAGAACUUUAAAGUAGUUAUAGUGGAUGAAUCACACUACAUGAAGUCCAGAAAUGCAACCCGCAGCAAGAUUUUAUUGCCAUUAGUACAAAAAGCCAAACGUGCCAUUCUUCUUACAGGAACUCCGGCUUUGGGAAGACCUGAAGAGCUCUUCAUGCAGAUUGAAGCUCUCUUUCCACAAAAAUUUGGAAAAUGGACCGAUUAUGCCAAAAGAUACUGUAAUGCACAUGUCAGAUAUUUUGGUAAAAGGUCUCGGUGGGAUUGUCGAGGGGCAUCAAAUCUUAAUGAACUCCAUCAGCUAUUAAGCGACAUAAUGAUUAGAAGAUUAAAGACUGAAGUUUUAACCCAGCUGCCCCCCAAAAUCAGACAGCGUAUUCCAUUUGAUGUUCCAGCAGCAGCCGCUAAGGAAUUGAAUUCCAGCUUUGAAGAGUGGGAAAAAUUAAUGAGAGCUCCGAGUUCUGCUGCUGAGACUAUCAUGGGGCUAAUUACACGAAUGUUUAAACAAACUGCUAUUGCCAAGGCAGGUGCUGUCAAAGAUUAUAUUAAGAUGAUGCUUCAGAACGAGACCCUUAAAUUUCUGGUUUUUGCUCACCAUUUAAGCAUGUUGCAGGCUUGCACAGAAGCUGUCGUAGAAAACAAGACCCGUUACAUUAGGAUAGAUGGAAGUGUUCCAUCUUCUGAAAGAAUACAUCUGGUGAAUCAGUUUCAAAAGGAUCCUGAUACUCGUGUGGCUAUCCUAAGCAUUCAGGCUGCUGGUCAGGGUUUGACAUUUACUGCUGCAACUCAUGUUGUUUUUGCUGAGUUGUACUGGGACCCUGGACAUAUAACACAGGCGGAGGACCGUGCUCAUCGAAUUGGACAGUGCAGUUCCGUGAAUAUUCACUACCUGAUUGCAAAUGGUACUUUAGACACCCUUAUGUGGGGAAUGUUGAAUCGCAAGACUCUAGUCACCGGGAGAACCCUGAAUGGGAGGAAGGAGCAAAUACAGGCGAAGGAAGAUGAUAAGGGAAAAUGGGAUUUCCUGCAGUUUGCCGAAGCCUGGACUCCAAGUGAAAGUUCUGAAGAGUUCAGGAAUGAAAUUUUGCUCACUCAUUUUGAAAAAGAGAAGCAGCAUGAUAUUCGGUCAUUCUUUUCACCAAAACCAAAGAAAGGACAAUUGGUGACUUCCUGCAGUGAACCAAGUAUGUUCCAGGAGGAAAACACUGGAGUGUCAGCCAGCCCUGGCAGAACAAGCACAAGAGAUGUUGUUGAUCGUGAAAGUAAUUGGGAACCUGAAGCUAAAAGACUGAAAUUGGAACCACACUGCAGGCCCUCGGCAGGGAAACCAGCGAGACCUCAGCAAGACCAAGGUCCAUUCCUGUGCCAGGAGCAGGAAGCUGAGGCCCAGACAGCUGCCCUGCCCCUUCCCAAAAUGGGCUGGCAAUGUGGAUUCUGCACCUAUAUCAAUAACUCAUUGCUACCUUAUUGUGAGAUAUGUGAGAACCCUCAAGGCAGUGCUGAUAGCCGCAACCAUACCCAGGAGAAAAAGGAAAGCAAGAUAGUUAUUUCUAAGAAUGAUGCUUCAGAAAAAGUUUCGACUCAUUCUGACUGUGAAACACGAGCCCUUGGACGGUCAGAACCAGAGCCACUGCCUACAGGCAAAGAAGAAACACCGACAACACUGGAACCAUGGGAGGGACUCAUGCCCGAGCCCCACGCAAACCAAUCAGAGAGUUCUGAGGCUCUGCCCGUCUAUGACACCUUAAUGUUUUGUGCAAGUAAGAAUACUGACCGAAUUCACCUCUACACUAAGGAUGGAAACCAGAUGAACUAUAAUUUCAUUCCUUUGGAUAUACAAUUAGACCUUUGGGAAGAUUUACCAGCAAGUUUUCAGCUGAAACAAAAUCGCUCCCUGAUUUUGAGGUUUGUUCGAGAAUGGAAUAGUCUAACUGCUAUGAAGCAAAAAGUAAUCCGGAAAAGUGGGCAGCUGUUCUGCAGCCCAAUUCUUGCUUGGGAAGCAAUCACAAAGCAACAGACCAAACCGCACAGUACCAAAAGGUACAUAACCAAGGAAGAUGUUGCUGUGGCCUCCAUGGACAAAGUGAAGAAGGACGGGGGCUACGUCCGUCUGAUCACAAAGGACUCCCGGUCACAGGACCCUUCUUCAAAAGAAUGUCUUGAAGGUGGAACCUGUGUCCCAUUUCUCGAUCCCUGCGCAGCCCAAGUAGAUCUUGCUGUGACACCUCCCUCCAAAGGCUAUUUGCAAGCUGUGGAUAAUGAGGGGAAUCCACUCUGCCUUCGCUGUCAGCAGCCCAUUUCCCAAACUAAGCAAAACUGCAAAGGGAACCCUUGGGGUUCACAGUUUUGCUCUCUGCCGUGUCAGGAAGAGUUCUGGAUUCGAUCUAAUAACAGUUACCUACGAGCCAAAGUCUUUGAAAUUGAACAUGGUGUGUGCCAGCUGUGUCAUCUGAAUGCACAAGAGCUCUUUCUACGAAUGAAAGCUGCCCCUAAAAGUCAAAGGAAGAAUCUCCUGGAUAUUACCUGGAUCUCAAAACUCCCAUUAGAACAGCUUAAUGAAAUGAUAAGAAACCCCGGGGAGGGGCAGUUCUGGCAGGUGGACCACGUGAAGCCGGUGUUCGGCGGGGGAGGGCAGUGCUCCCUGGACAACCUGCAGACUCUCUGCACCAUCUGCCACAGAGAGAGAACUGCCAGACAGGCCAAGGAAAGAAGCCAAAUGAGAAGAUUAGCACCAAAGCAUGGAUCCGACAUCACACGGUUUUUGGUAAAGAAGUGAACUAUAAGAAUUCUGGGGACAGGGAAUGUGAUUCAGUGGUAAGGUUCGUAUGUUACAUACUGGAGACCUUGGUUCAGUCCCCAGCACCACGAAAAUAAUUUUUAAAAAGAAGACAGAUGGUGUAUAUAUAGAAAAUUUAAUACAGAUUUUUGUUGGUUUGUCUAACAUAGGGUAAAAUUUUUUGAAUAAAAGUCAAAGAUUUCGCUUCCCUCUCAUAUUAAAUACCUUAUGUGUUUUUGUAAGCAUCAGACAGAUACUGAGAUGCAAAACUAAAUAUUUCUGUGAUUGUGCUGGUUUCAUACAAACUCGCAGUCAUGUUUCAGUGAGAUUUUGUUGUGCGUUCCUUUCCCUUGGCCCACCGUGAUCAUGGUAUGUAUUUAGAUUAAACAUACAAGUUCUAUUUUUUUUUUUUUUUUUUUUUGCUUUUUGGGUCACACCCGGCCAUGCGCAGGGGUUACUCCUGGCUCUGCACUCAGGAAUUACCCCUGGCCAUGCUCAGGGGACCAUAUGGGACGCUGGGAUUCGAACCCGGGUCGGCCGCGUGCAAGGCAAACGCCCUACCCACUGUGCUAUUGCUCCAGCCCCACAAGUUCUAUUUUUAAAUGACCUGAAAACUUCACCUGAAUUAGUAUUAGUUCUGGAUUGCUCUGGGAAUAUACAAGAAAUAGUGUAAAACCAUAAAGGAAAUUUCAAAGGUGAAUCAAUCUUAUUCAGGAAUUCUGAGCCAACUGUGACCAGCCUGGUUUGUAUGCCGGGACACCCUCAUCCUGAAUUCUCCAAAAUUUUCAAUGUACCCUUUUUUGAAUUGUUUUUAUUAAUACUUUUAUUUGAAAUGAUACCUUUGAAAAUAAGCCAAUUAUACCUUUGUGGAAAGUUUGGGGCCUGGGAUAAAAUAAUUAUUAAAAGUAUUAAAAAAGCAAAACAUAGAAGGAAAAGUACCUUUUAAACUUUAUUUUUUAGUUUGUUUUAAUGUACAAAAUUGGGCUUUUUUUGAAGCCUAUUAUCAAGAAUCCUUUAUGUCCUGGCUUUUUAUUUUCUGAUUUACCAAUCCUGUAUCUCUAAGACCUCAUUUAAGAGCAGUGACGAUAACACUUUUUGUAUAAGUAUGACCAGAUGCGAUGUUUUAAAAAUAGUCAUGAUAUUAAAAUGUUGAUAUUCAAAAAUAAAAGUGAUUCUAAAGCAAAAAAUAGCAUCAUCCUAUAAUAUGCUAGAAUCACGAGCACAGGGAGUCUGGGUACACGAAAUAUAGGUCCUGGGGCUGGAGCAAUAGCACAGCAGGUAGGGCAUUUGCCUUGCACGUGGCCGACCCAGGUUCAAUCCCCAGCAUCCCAUAUGGUUCCCCAAGCACCACCAGGAGGAAUUCCUGAGUACAAAGCCAGGAGUAACCCCUGAGAAUCACCGGGUGUGACCCAAAAAGCAAAAAAAAAGUAUGUAGGUCUUUUCACAAGUGGCAUAUUUGUAAAUAAUGUAGCACUGUAGCACUGUCCUCCCCUUGUUCAUGAUUUGCUCAGGCAGGCACCAGUAAUGUCUCCAUUGUGAGACUUGUUACUGUUUUUGGCAUAUUGAAUGCGCCACGAGUAGCUUGCCAGGCUCUGUCAUGCGGGCAGGAUACUCUGGGUAGCUUGCCGGGCUCUCCAAGAGGGGCAAAGGAAUUGAACCCAGGUCGGCUGCGUGCAAGGCAAACGCCCUACCUCCGCUAUUGCUCCAGUCCUUUUAAAUAAUAUUUUGAUAUAAAUUAAGAUGAGCACUUUACAUUUAAACAUUGGCAUUUUACAACAUGAUGGACUUGUUUUUAGAAGGAUUUAUAUAGUCAAAUUUUCCUUCUGGAGUUGUUAUUAAGUAUGUAACUAUCUUAUUGGAUGAAAUCAGAAAUUGUUACUUACCUCCCAUUAGAUUAGGCUUUGGUCUCCUUUCUGCUGUGUUGGCCAGUCACUCAGAGUUUUCUGCCUCAUUGCCACAGUAACCUCAUGGCUAAAAGCAGAACGCCUGCACACUGCAUUUCCUUCAACAUGGGGUCUUUUCAAGGACAGCUUUGGUCUAAGUAGGUCAGGUUUGAGUGGAACUUGAUCUUUAGAUCAAACUAAUACUGCAAUUAUAGGAGAAAGUACUUACGAUGAUAUGAAGUGAAAUGACCUAUGAAGAUGAUCUUUUCUUUGCAAAAUUUCAAAUUUUAUUAUUAAAAACUUAAUCAGAACAGCAAAAUUAAUAAAAUAGGAAUAAAUUUAAUCAGAAUGGUAAAAAACUACAGGACUUGAAUGAAAUGAAAAAAGAUAUGAGAGGAAAGAUAGUCUGUGAUCAUCGGUUGGAAGAUUUAAUAUUGUUAAACUACCCAUACUGUGCCAAAUAUGAUCUACAGAUUUGCUGCAUCCCUAUUUAAAUCCCAGUGGUAUUUUUCACAUAAAUAGAACAAAUAAACUUAAAUUUUGUAUAGAGUUACAAAAGACCCUAAAUAACCAAAAUCUGUCUUGCUAGUGAAGGGGGCCAGAGCAUUAACAGCAAUAGGGGAUUUGCCUUGCGUGCGCCAACCCAGAUUCAAUGUCUGGCACCCUAUCUGGUCCCCCAAUCUCCCCCAGGGGUGGCCUCUGAACACAGAGCAGGAGUAAGCCCGUAACGCAGCUGGAUGUGUCUCAAAAAAAAAAAACAAACCAAAACAAAACCUAAUACACUAAUCACUUGAUUUAAAAACCACCAAAGCAGAGAUUGUUCUGGACCCCAAGGAAGGUUGAGUUCAGGCUUCCCUGGAGAUGGGAGGUGGGCAUGAGGCCAGCAUCUGCCCAAACAGAACCCCAGCAGCCAAAACCCUCCACACUCCAUAGUCGCUGCCAUGCUCCAGGCCAGACUCCACUGCCAGGGACAAGCCUCACCCAGAAAUUAAUCUAUUGAAAAUCUUGAGUGUGUGGGUUUUGUAACUGAAAUCUCCAAGCUUUCAGAGUCAGGGAUGGUCUCUCCCCUAUAUCUCCCUGUACUUCCAGAAGCCCUGCCAGUCACGCACAGGCCCCAAAGUGCCACCCAGUUUAAAAUUAAACUCCAACUGUAUUACCUCAUUAAAAAUUUCCUGGAGCAGCAUCUGAAUCUCUACAACACUGAUAAACCAGGAGUAGUACACCAAAUUGGAUGGGAUGUAUGUAGAAUGCAUCCAGUCUCCAUUAAGGAAAUAUCUUCACAGAAAGCUUAACCUGUAAUAACAUUUUAGUAAUCUUUUAUAUAAGGGCUUAAUAGCUACAUGGUGAGAUAUGCAAUAUUCACUAAUUUUCCUCUGAGGAAACAUUUUUUGAUCAUUCUUUUAGCAAAUCAUAACAAGCAAUAUGAAAGAAAUUAUUGCUGUGGGGGCAGACCUAGGGGUGGUUGGAAAAAUUGGGAAUAAUUAUGGUGGGAAGGUGCAAUGGUGGUGGAAUUUGUCAUUGAUAUAUAAAAUGUCUGUAACAAAUUGGCGUGAACAACUUUGUAAACCACAGUGUUUAGAUAAGGUGGAAGGGGAAAAUAAAAUUUAAAAUAAGUAAACAAAAACCCACUGAGAAACCUGAGUAGAUAUUUUUCCAACGAGGACAUACAAAAUACUAAAAGGUACAUAAAAAGGUAUUCAGGAUCACAAUUCAUCAGGAAAACAUAAAUUUAACCCUCAGUAGCAUGACCUCAAACCUGUUAGGAUGGUUAGUGCCAAAAAAAAUAGAUAAGUGUUGCUGAUAAAGUAAACAAAAGAUAACCCUUGAAUCUAUCAGUGGGGAUGUAAACUAGUGUUGUUGCUGUCAAGAGCAGCCUGGAGAGUCCUGAAGAAUUUAAAAUUAGUCAUUUUUAAAAUACUGCUUAGUAUCUACCCCGAAGACAUAAAAACAUUCAUUUGAAACGAUGAACACCUAUAUUCAUUACAACACUUAGUACAACAGCCAGGAUAUGGAGAUAGCCCAGGUGUCCAACAGAAGAUUGAACAUUGAAGUUAAGGUACCUAUACUCAGUGGAAUACUACACAGCAGCAAGGAAUGAUAAAAUCAUGCAAUUGGAUGGACUUGGAAAAUCUCGUGUUAUGAAGUAAGUCACAGAUAUUUUCACAUAUCUGUUGGUUUAUGUAUGACAUGUUUAGUGAACAGAAGAUAGUAAAGGUGGGCAAAACAUUGGCUCUAAAUUGCAGUAACAAAAAUGCCAAAGAAGGAGAAUAUUGGAGGUGGAGAGCAAGAAGAGGAGGUCUGGAAAUAGCCCGGGGCAAGAGACAAAGACCUUGGGUCCGUCUGGUGUAGAGACAAGGAAUGUGUAUGUAUCUAAACCACUAGACCCAGCACUACUGACAGCAUGUAGCCCAAACUUAAACAUGUGUCUCCAGGGGCUGUACUUCAGAGAUAGUACAUCAGGUAGGAUACUGUCAUUCCACAUGAUCAUCAGAGCCCACCAGAAUCCCUGAUCACAGAACCAGGAGCCAGGGUUACAUAAGCCCUACACAUAGCCAGGUAUGGCCCCCAAACAAACAGACAAACUAUGUCUUCAAGGAAUCAGACAGAGGUUGGAGGGAAACAUUGAUGGAGGGAUGGGGUCAGGGGUACUCUGUGGGAUUGGAGGUGGAAACAUUGUGUGCUUGAAACUUUAUUGUAAAUCAUAUCUAAAUUUUAAAAUAUUUAAAUAUUUUUUUUAAUUUUAAAACUUAAGGUUAGAUAUGAUAACCUUUCAGUUCCUAUAGUGCAAAUCAUAAUGCCAAAAGGACAGGAGAGAGAGAAAGAGAGAGAGA